AUGGGCCGCUACCGCGUCCGCGUGGUCACCGGGGCCUGGCUCUUCUCGGGAUCCCUCAACCGGGUGGCCCUGUGGCUGGUCGGGGCGCACCGGGAGGCCAAACUGGAGCUGCAGCUGCGGCCCGCGCGGGGCAAGGAGGAGGAGUUCCACGUCGAGGUCCCCGAGGACCUCGGGCCCCUCCAGUUCGUGAAACUGCGCAAGCGGCACGCGGUGGUGGACGACUCCUGGUUCUGCAGCCUCAUCGCCGUCGAGGGGCCCGGGGGCGCGGGGGCCGUGUUCCCCUGCUACCGCUGGCUGCAAGGCGAUGGGGUCCUGAGCCUGCCCGAGGGCACAGCCCGCCUGGCAGGAGCCGGCGCCGCGGCGUUCCAGGAGCACCGGGACCGGGAGCUGAAGGAGCGGCGGCAGACCUACUGCUGGGCCACCUGGAAGGAAGGCUUGCCGCGGACCAUCGCGGCGGACUGUAAGGAGGACCUGCCCCCGAACAUGCGCUUCCACGAGGAGAAGAGGCUGGACUUCGAGUGGACGCUGAAGGCGGGGGUCCUGGAAAUGGGCCUCAAACGCGUCUACACACUCCUGCGAAGCUGGAACUGCCUGGAGGACUUCGAUCAGAUCUUCUGGGGACGGAAGAGUGCCCUGGCUGAGAAAGUUCACCAGCGCUGGCAGGAGGACGAGCUCUUCGGCUACCAGUUCCUCAACGGUGCCAACCCCAUGCUGCUGAGACGCGCCACCUCCCUGCCCGCCAGGCUGGCGCUGCCCCCGGGGACAGGGGAGCUUCAAGCCCAGCUAGAGAAAGAACUGCAGAACGGCUCCCUGUUUGAGGCUGACUUCAUCCUGCUGGACGGAAUCCCCGCCAACGUGAUCGAAGGAGAGCGGCAGUUCCUGGCUGCGCCUCUGGUCAUGCUGAGGCUGGACCCCGCGGGGAAGCUGCUGCCCAUGGCCAUCCAGAUUCAGCCUCCCCGUCCCGGCUGCCCAGCUCCAGCACUGUUCCUGCCCUCGGACCCCCCGCUGGCCUGGCUCCUGGCUAAGAUCUGGGUCCGAAGCUCAGAUUUCCAGCUGCAGGAGCUCCAGUUUCACCUGCUGCACACGCACCUGGUGGCCGAGGUCAUCGCUGUCGCCACGAUGCGGUGCCUUCCAGGCCUGCACCCUGUCUUCAAGCUUCUAGUUCCGCACAUCCGUUACACUAUGGAGAUCAACACCCGAAGCCGGACCCAGCUCAUCUCGGAUGGGGGGAUCUUUGAUCAGGUGGUGAGCACAGGCGGGGGCGGCCACGUUCAGCUGCUCAGGCGGGCGGUGGCUCAGCUGACCUACCGCGCCCUCUGUCCCCCGGACGACCUGGCUGACCGGGGCCUGCUCAGCGUCCCAGGCGCCCUCUACGCUCGGGAUGCGCUGCAGCUCUGGGAAGUGACCUCCAGGUAUGUGAAGGGAAUGGUCCAUCUCUUCUACCAGAGCGAUGCUGUGGUGCAGGGAGACCCAGAGCUGCAGGCCUGGUGUCAAGAGAUCACUGAGGUGGGGCUGUGCCACGCCCAGGACAGAGGUUUCCCUGUGUCCUUCCAGUCCCGGGCUCAGCUCUGCCACUUCCUUACCAUGUGUGUCUUCACGUGCACUUCCCAGCACGCUGCCAUCAACCAGGGCCAGCUGGACUGGUACGGCUGGGUGCCCAACGCUCCUUGUACAAUGAGGAUGCCGCCGCCCACCAGCAAGGACGGUGUGACCAUGGAAACUGUGAUGGGGUCACUCCCUGACGCCCAGAAGGCCUGUCUGCAGAUGACCAUCACGUGGCACCUGGGGCGCCUCCAGCCAGACAUGGUACCUCUAGGACACCACAAAGAAAAAUAUUUCUCAGACCCCAGGAGCAAAGCUGUGCUCAGCCAGUUUCAAGCAGAUUUGGGAAAUCUGGAAAAGGAGAUCACAGCCCGGAAUGCACAGCUGGAGCUGCCCUACGAAUACCUCAAGCCCAGCCGCGUCGAGAACAGCAUCACCAUCUGAGGCAGCGGCGCCUUCUCACCCCUGCUACGACUUUAGACUUUAA